GGGGCAGACUUCCCGGCAACCAACUUUUCUCUGUCCACAGACUCCGACUGACUCUUAAAUGAAAGGCGGGGCCUUGUGGGUUUGGUUCCCGGGUGGGAGUGGCCUGCGUAGGGCUAGGUCGCACGUUCUCCCCGUUUUUCUUUGUCUUCCUCCCCCGUCCUGCAGUGCGGGGUGGGCCCGGCAGCCCGGAAGCGGAAGUGUGGGGCACCCAGGGUGGGGCGGUCCUGAGUGUGUACCGCCUACACGCCGGUCCGGCCGCUGCCCUCGCUUCCGUCCCGCCCGCGCCAUGCUGUCCCUGGACUUCUUGGACGAUGUGCGGCGGAUGAACAAGCGGCAGCUAUAUUAUCAAGUCCUAAACUUUGGGAUGAUCGUCUCUUCAGCUUUAAUGAUCUGGAAAGGACUAAUGGUAGUAACUGGAAGUGAAAGCCCAAUUGUAGUGGUGCUCAGUGGAAGCAUGGAACCUGCAUUUCACAGAGGAGAUCUCCUCUUUUUAACCAAUCGAAUUGAAGAUCCCAUAAGAGUAGGAGAGAUUGUUGUCUUUAAGAUAGAAGGAAGGGAAAUUCCAAUUGUUCACCGAGUGUUGAAAAUUCAUGAAAGGCAAGAUGGACAUAUCAAGUUUUUGACCAAAGGAGACAAUAAUGCUGUUGAUGAUCGAGGACUAUAUAAGCAAGGGCAGCUCUGGCUAGAGAAGAAGGAUGUAGUAGGACGAGCAAGAGGAUUUGUUCCUUAUAUUGGAAUUGUGACGAUUCUUAUGAAUGACUAUCCUAAAUUUAAGUAUGCAGUCCUCUUUUUACUGGGUUUAUUUGUGCUGGUCCAUCGGGAGUAAGAUGUCUGCCUUAUAGCUCCUGAGGAAGAUGCUAUGCUUUUUGUUACAAAAUGUUUGGAGUAGAUCCUGGUCUGUGAAAAGUGGAAGCAGAAAAUGCAGAUUUCAAUGCUUCUGGUCACAUCAAUUUGGAUUAGUUUCUAAGUUUCCACUGCAGAGUGUGGGUGACUGUGUGGGUGGGUGCAUGUGUGCCUGUGUGCACACAUAUAGGGAAUUUCAGCCACAGGUUUUCAUAUGUUCUCAUGUCACAUUUUAGGGUUUUUGUACAUCAAUGAAUUUUUUAUAUUAAAAGGUUGAGCCAAA